UCGGAUCCAAAAGCAUUAUUCAUGUUAAAAAGAUUCCGAGCUUACGACAAAGCUGCGGAAGAUUCACCAGCGACUCUUCCCUGAGCUUGGAGACCUCAACUGUCAUUUGUCUCUACCGAGCUCCUCGGAUGUCCCGGAAUGAAGAACCAUUCACGCCCCUCCGACUCGUUCCUCGAGUCACCCGGUGACACUUCUUGCAGCAACUACAACAGUUGUCUUGACAUUCCCAUCGAGCUCGUGAGCGAGGAAGAAAUGGCCCUCAUCGAUGCUGCCUUAGCCGUUGCUCACGCCUCUAAAACUUCUUCGCCGGCCCCUGCAACCCCUGAAACUAGUUCCUCACGUCAGUUUCGGAGAAACUCGAAGUCUUCUCAAUCAAUCACUUUGCCAUCCAAAAUGCAGCUCGUGAGUGAAGAAGAAAUGGCUCUCAUCGAUGAUGCCGUAGCCGCUGCUCACUCCUCUCUCACUUCCUCGCCGGCCCCUGCAACCCCUGAAACUAGUUCCUCACGUCAGUUUCGGAGAAACUCGAUGUCUUCUCAAUCAAUCACUUUGCCAUCCAAAAUGGAGCUCGUGAGGGAAGAAGAAAUGGCUCUCCUAAAAGCUUCCUUAGCCACCACUCGCUCCUCUCUCACUUCCUCGCCGGCCCCUGCAACCCCUGAAACUAGUUCCUCACGUCAGUUUCGGAGAAACUCGAAGUCUUCUCCCCUCACCUCCUCGCUGUCCCCAGGAACUAGUUCACCCCUUCAGUUUCAGAGAAACGCGAAUCCUUUACCGUCAAUCACUUUCCUGUCUAAAAUGGAGUUCGUGAGAGAAGAAGAAAUUGAUCUCAUCGAUGCUGCCAUAGCAGCCACUCCCCCCUCUCUCACUUCCUCUGUAGCCCCAGCAGCUAGUUCGCCCUCUCCGUUCCAGAAAAAGUCGAACUCCAUUCAAUCAAUCACUUCCCUAGCCAGGAGGAGAUUGUCAUUUGGUGCAGAAUCCGAUAUUGAGGAUUCAUUCAGUCUUGGGAGAAACCAGAAGAAGAGAAGAGUGGCCGAGUCCUUUUUGCGUCGAUUUAGGAGCAAAACCGGGUUGUUUGUCAGUGACAUUACUGGAACGGAAUGGUGCGAAAAACAAAUGGAGUUUAAGCUGAGUCGAAAAGUUACUGAAGCUAUGAAAAUAGGUAGAGCUCGCCAUGCUAAACUUGAAAAAGAGGAAUGGUGCGAAAAACAAAUGGAGUUUAAGCUGAGUCGAAAAGUUACUGAAGCUAUGAAAAUAGGUAGAGCUCGCCAUGCUAAACUUGAAAAAGAGGUUGUGAAAAAAGUGGUAGUUCAAGUCAAUUCAGCUGAGGAUAAAUGGGCUGUGAAGCUUAUGAAGUUUAUAAUUGGUGCAAAUCAGUUAUUGACUGAAGGAUUAACUCGUGAGUUGCCAUUGAUAGGCUUAGUAGAAGGUGUCUGGAUGGUGGGAGUGAUUGAUGAGGUCCGAAUGCCAGUAACUGAAUCUGAUAGAAACCCAAUAUUUGUAGACACAAAGACUCGUGAGAAAAAUUACCUUCCUGCUGAACCACAGAAAAGAAAGGGAAGGCUUCAACUAAUGUGCUACAAGUAUUUGUGGGACAACUUAGUAACUGAUGAAAUCCCCUCCAGUCGCUUUUUCAAUUUCUUUUCCUUGAAUCGUUAUUCUAUCUUAUCUGAAGAAAUCAGAGAGAACGCUGCUAAGUCAGGUUUCCCUGCAAAGAUCCUCGACGACAUGGUAAGACACUUUAGGCAUAAAUGCAGCAUGCUGCCCCCUGCUCAUGACCAGCUUUUAGUGAGAUACGAAUUUCAAAAGGACAAUAAUGUGAUUGGUGAAGAUCUGUUUGCAUAUGACUCUGAUUGGCUCAAGAGUCAAAUUCAUUGUUGUCUUGAGUUUUGGCUGGGAGAGAGAGAAGCCAAUUGCACUCCACCGGAUGAGCGUUGGAAAUGCGGGCAUUGUGAUUUUUAUACUGUCUGUCCGACUAACACCAAUCCUGAUGGUGGAUCAAGCCAUACAGAAGCCAACCUGAAUAGUUCACUGAGCUAGAGAAACCACUGACCUUCUUCUCCUCAAGGAUGUUGCUGUGAGCAGAUCAUGCAACUUUUCCACAGAGAAGCCACAGUUUUAUUCAAGCUUCUUUGAGGUAUAUGCUGACCAGAGCCAUAUGCUAUUGAAUCUGUUGUUUGGGAUUUUCCACAACCAUGAUAAUAUAUAUAUGCAGAUACUAUUUAAUUUA